AAUGGUCAGGUGGACGCGGGAAUUUAUGAUGCUGAUGCUGUGCCGUGCAACUGCAAAGAAAUGUCUGUGGAUUAAUAAUGCACUUCUGAGUUAAAACAUCGCUGUCCAUUUUUUUUCCGCGGUCGAUCCAGAGGACAGCAGAUGGGACCGCGGAAUAGAUCGGAGGGACCAAAUGCACAGUAGGGUACAAAUCCAUAGGCUGUCCUUUCCUCAAAAAAACAAGAAUCAAAACAGCAAUGGAUGCCAUGCCAGAGUAUUCCCUCUUCCUUGUGAGAAUUUUGGAGGAAUUGGAUACUAAGUAUAGCACCGUUUCAUACCAAGACCUUUGCAAGUCCCUGUGUGCCAGGUUUGAUUUGGUCCAUUUGGCUAAGCUGAGGAGUCUGCUGUUCUACACAGCAUGCUUGGAUCCAGCUUUCCCCGCAACCUUAUUCAAAGACAAGAUGAGGUGCUCGGUGGAGGACCAACAGUCCAAGAAGCUCAUGGUGGCGGCGGACAUUGUCACUAUGUUUAAUCUCAUCCAGAUGAAUGGAGGUAUGGCCAAAGACAAGUUGCCAAUGGGUCGGAGACCCAAGUUUCACAAGAACCAGUCCUUUGAGUCCUGUCGAUCUGACACGGAUGUGUAUAAAUUCAAUGAUAACGACAGGGGGUACAACCUCAUGGACACCAGGGGUCAUCACGUCUCUCGGAAGUCACCCUGCCCAAAAUCUGACUGCAAUAACUGCCAGCAGUUUAUACCAACCUCAGAACCCAACUUCCUCUUGGGAGUCACCAAGGAUCUGAAAUGUAGGGCAGCAUCGUUGGAUAAACUACAGCAUCUGCCACAGUACUCCAGCGUCAGUCCUCCUCCAUGCGAGAUGCAGAGCACUUACUUCCCCAUGGACAUCGACAGCGAGUCAACAACGGACCAGGAAUCUCUCCACGCCAACCCAGGAAUCAAGGAUGUUUUCAUGUCCAGCGGAGAGCCUUUCACCGUGCACUCGUGCAUGCAAAAGCGGAAUGUCUUCAAAGAGGAUUUCCACAACCUUGUUGCCUUUUCACCCCACGUGAUCACUACGGAGUGCAGAGCGAAUCCCAAAGCUGGUGGCAAGUACCACCACAGGAGGGAGCUGAGCAAGCCUCCCACUUUCUUCAAUCACAGUUUCGAGCUGCCAUACAGCAACCCUUACUUUGAACCCGUCAGCUCACCCAUUCAAAACAAAUCACGGGUGAAGCAUGAGAGCCUGGAUGACUUGCAAGCGUCCACUUACUUUGGACCUACAACGGUCUCCGAGUGCGUGAGCAACAGGAGGACUUCAAGCAAGCAUGGAAAACAGCCAGCCUGGCCUGUCAAGAGCUUGAGUCUCAAUACCGAAGAAGGUCCUGACUUUGAGAGGCCCUUUUUAAAUGGCAAAGUGGUAAAGGACAAUCACCGUCAUAACAUUAGCACCAUGGUAAAUGACCAGCACUUUCAGUGUGCAAAGGACAAGCCCACUGCCUCUCCCUCAGGAUUCCCCAAGAAGUCCAAUGGAACCAAAACAAAUGAGAUGUCUUCUGUGGCUUGCGGACCCAGUGUUGAGAAAAGAGAGGUUGGGAAAAGGUACAAGGACAAGAGUGUCAACUCUCCAUCAUUUCAGUCGAGCAAUGUGGACAAUGGCAUGAGUGUUGGGACCCAGACGGAACAACCUGAAAGUAGGAAAGCGAAAGAUUACUCCGGUCACAACAAAUAUGGAGAGAGGCCACCCUUCAAACAUUCAGAUGAAGACUCUGAGAUUGUCAGCGACGAUAUCAGUGACAUCUUUCGCUUUCUGGAUGACAUGAGUGUUUGCGGCUCUCUUGGAGUUGUGCAGUCAUCGUGCUACAACAGCAACGGCUCACUGUCUCAGGUGAAGAAAUCAGACAGGGACAGCUCACCUGAUCAGAACACUGUCAAGCUGGGCAAAACCGGGAUCAAGCUCGACCGCCUCUUCCAGUCACUGGAGAACUCAGAUGAUGAGCUCAAAGAGAGCGUCUGCAAACUGGUACUCAGGAUUGGUGAGAUUGAGAAGAAGCUUGAGUCUCUUUCAGGGGUGCGAGGGGAGAUCUCUCAGGUCCUCUCGAAGCUUACAAGACUGGAUGAGAAGAUUCAAGAACCAGAGGCUAAUGGGAAAUCAAGUGAUAAUGGCCACGUGGAACAGGUUAAGACCGACGCGAACCUCUCGCCUCACGUUUUCCAGUGUCACACCACUGGACACAACAUGAAGGUGGAAAAAAGUCCAGAAUGGUGCUGCUCGGAGGCUGAUGGAAGUGAAAUCAUGAGGGUUAAAGCUUUAAAGAAGAGCAUGUUCACACGCAGGUCAUCCAGGUCGCUAAACGAGGAUAACAGUGCGACUGAAUCCAAAGUGGCCAGCAUCAACAACUCACCUCGAGACUGGAGGACUGUUUCUUACUCCGGGCACACAGGGGACGAAGGGAAAGAAAGUGACCGGCAUAGUGAAGGCAAGGACAGACAUAGGAAACCCAGAGAGACAGAUCGUCAGUAUGACGCCCACCAGGCCCACCGCUCCUCAAAGCCGCCCAAGGACUCCUACCUGGUGGAGCAGGUGUUCAGCCCACACCACCUCCCUCCCGCCGUCAAGUCUCACGUGAAGGGCAGCCCUCUCUACACGGACCUGCGGCUGACCGGCCUCGCCGAUGGCAAGCGCUCCCAGCCCUCCUGGACCAUCGAAGAGUACAAACGCAACUCAGGAGACAAGAACAAGCUCAGCGCUCUGGACCUGCAGGUCCAGGAGUCGCUCAACCCCAACAAUCUGGAGUACUGGAUGGAGGACAUCUACACGCCGGGCUACGAUUCGCUGCUCAAGCGCAAGGAGGCGGAGUUUCGCAGAGCCAAGGCGUGUAAAAUCGGCGCGUUGAUCGCUGCGGCCGCCUGCACUGUGAUACUGGUCAUCGUAGUGCCCAUUUGCACCAUGAAGUCUUGAGGUUUCUCUUUUUUUCUGUCGGAUGGUGUUCGUUUCACUUGGACAAACAUGGGACUUCAUUUGCGGGGACUGUAAUUAGGUCUGAUUUCAGCCACCGGCCUUAGACUUUCCUGGAAUGUCAAUCGAAAUAUAUCACAACAAAGAGUUAAGGAUUGCAAUUUGACGUGUCUUUUUUUAUUUACCCUAGUCAAUAUUUAUAACUUGACUAAAUUAUUUGUUAUGUAGUAGAUGGCCUUACUUAAAGGCUUGGAGAUGCACCCUUGUUUUAUAGUGCAGAAUAUAAUGUACCGAUAUGUUUUAUGUCUGUUUCUUUUUCUGGUAUUGCAAUAGAAACUAAAGGGAAAGCUUUAUGUUUAAGCGCAUUCUAUUUUUUACUUUACUAUGAUUAUGAGAAUUUUAACGAGAGUUAUUUUUCGAUGAAUACGCCGACAGAAUGUUUUAAAGACGAGUUGGAUUUAUCUUUGGAAAUCACUGGAGUGUUUGGGCUCGUGCAAUGCCUUUUUAUAAGGAUUAUAUAUUCAGAUAGUGCAAAUAUAGUUCAUGUGUGCGUUCAAUAAGAACUUAAAGGAAUAGUUCAGUCAAAAAUGAAAGUCUGUCAUUGUAUAUUCACCCUC